CUCUGUCAGAUACCGUGCUUAUGUGGAAGUGCCCCAUGCCUGCUCUGCCGAUGCUGCCCCAGUGGAAACAACUCCACUAUAACUCGACUGAUUUAUGCAUUCUUUUUACUUCUUGGAGUGUGUGUUGCCUGCGUGAUGUUAAUACCAGGCAUGGAAGAGCAGCUGAAGAAGAUUCCUGGAUUUUGUGAUGGAGGGAUGGGAACAACUAUUCCUGGUGUGCACGGUCACGUGAAUUGCGACGUACUCGUUGGUUACAAAGCCGUGUACCGCGUGUGCUUUGGCAUGGCCAUGUUCUUCCUUCUCUUCUCCUUGUUGAUGAUCAAAGUGAAGAGCAGCAAUGACCCGAGAGCAGCGGUGCACAACGGAUUCUGGUUCUUUAAAUUUGCAACAGCCCUUGCAAUUAGCGUUGGAGCUUUCUUCAUACCGGAGGGACCAUUUACAACUGUGUGGUUUUACGUAGGUAUGGCUGGAGCCUUCUGCUUCAUUCUUAUUCAGCUGGUCUUGCUUAUUGACUUUGCCCAUUCCUGGAAUGAAUCUUGGGUUGAGAAAAUGGAGGAAGGAAACUCAAGGUGCUGGUACGCAGCUCUGCUGUCAGCUACAGCUGUCAAUUACCUGCUGUCUCUGGUAGCUAUUGUCUUGUUUUAUGUUUAUUACACUCACCCAGAAGGUUGUUCUGAAAACAAGACAUUCAUCAGUGUUAAUAUGCUGCUGUGUAUUGGUGCUUCUGUAAUGUCAAUUCUGCCGAAGAUACAGGAAUCUCAGCCAAGGUCUGGUUUGCUGCAGUCUUCUGUGAUCACAAUUUAUACCAUGUAUUUGACUUGGUCAGCUAUGACCAAUGAACCAGAUCGACGCUGUAACCCAAGCUUGCUGAGCAUCAUUGGUUACAACAGCACCACCAUUCCCAGCCAAGGUCAGGUAGUUCAGUGGUGGGAUGCCCAAGGAAUUGUAGGACUGGUUUUGUUUUUGCUGUGUGUUCUCUAUUCAAGCAUCCGAACAUCCAACAACAGCCAAGUGAACAAACUGAUGCUGACCAGUGAUGAAUCGACGCUGAUAGAGGAUGGAAUGCCCAGGAGCGAUGGCUCCCUUGACGAUGGAGAUGACAUUCACCGAGCCGUAGAUAAUGAGAGGGAUGGGGUUACUUACAGUUACUCCUUCUUUCAUUUCAUGCUUUUCCUGGCAUCGCUGUAUAUCAUGAUGACACUUACCAACUGGUACAGUCCGGAUUCUUCUUACGAGACAAUGACCAGCAAGUGGCCGUCUGUCUGGGUGAAGAUAUCUUCUAGCUGGAUUGGCAUCGUGCUGUACGUGUGGACUCUGGUGGCUCCGCUGGUUCUUACAAACCGUGACUUUGACUAAGCUGUGCUGCUCUCCAGGGAGAUUGUGCUGGCUUCACCGUGGCUUUGAAACACGCAGCGUCUCAUGUAGUAGUAUGGUUGUAAAUAGUGUGU